CCCAAAAACACAUUCAAAUUUCUCUGAUACUCUCGGUCCCCGUGUCAUGAUUUAUUGAUUGGCUACUUAACACUAGUCUUUGCAUCUCUCUCUCUCUCAAAGUCUCAAUAUCUGUCUGUAAUGGCUUCUUUAAGAGAUGCACGAAGAGAAAAUGAUGAUGGGCUCGAUUUAUGGUCACAAAUCGCAGCUCCUGAUAAUGGGCUGCCCCAAAUGGCAGUGACUUACAGAAGAAGAGUAGAAAAGAAAAACGCAGAGAUACCCAUAAGCCGGAUCGAGAAAGACAGAUGGCCCAAUCGUUUGAGCUUAGCGCCAAACAAAAGAAUCAGUUGGAACCGUUCUCUUUCUACGAGAGGGAGGACUAGUAUCAUCAUUUCCUCUGGAGUGGAUUAUGACCAUCAGCCAAGACAAAAAGAAGCAAAAAGGAAACAAAAACGGGCUCCUCUCAAUAAAACGACUGUACACCCACCAAAUUUUGAGAAGGAGCGGGCGUACUUCCAAGAGGUUGAUUCCUUGGAGCUGUUGGAGGAAAGUCCCUCACCAAAGCACUUGGGUACAUGGGUCAUGGGCAUCCAAAGUAGUGAGGUUGUUUUACCACAUCUGCCUUCAAGAUUAGAGAAAUGGCUAAUCUCCAAGAAGUUUAACUACAGUUGUGGGCCUUCUGGUUCCUUAGCUAAGAUUUUGGAAACUCCAAUAAUGCCUAUGGAAUCAAUUUGCAGUGAUGUUUCCAACUCUACAAGACCUAAGGAACAGGUUUCUCCUGAUAUAUCUUCAGAUUUUCCUUCUAUAUCCAACAAUGUGAUUGAAGGGCAUACUUGCUCACAGACACACAUGGAAGGUCUGAGUACAUGUGAUGACAACUGUGAAGAUAUUGGACAAGGCUUAAAAAAUCUAUCUCUGAUAUCAGAAUCUGAAACCCUGGAUGGUGAUCAUAAGGUCUCAUUUGCAACAUUGUUAACAAUUUGUGGGCAAUUGGCUCCUUCAACAUUAUUGGAUGUCUUCUCCCAGUAUUGUGAUCCAAACAGUAUUAUCAAGAUUGGUGAAGGAACAUAUGGAGAAGCCUUUAAGGUUGGUGCAACCGUUUGCAAGAUAGUGCCUAUAGAUGGGGACUUUAGAGUGAAUGGUGAAGUGCAAAAGGUGUCAGCUGAAUUGCUUGAGGAGGUCUUACUUUGCCAGACUCUUAACCGUUUAAGAAGACAUGAUGGUCAUGUUUCAAAUGCAUCUACAGCAUUCAUUGAAACAUUAAAUUUGAAGGUAUGCCAAGGUGUUUAUGAUGCUUCACUGAUCAGAGCAUGGGAAGAUUGGGAUGAGGAACAUGGCUCAGAAAAUGACCACCCGGGGAAAUUCCCUGAGAAACAGUGUUAUGUGGUGUUUGUAUUAGAACAUGGAGGCAAGGACCUUGAAAGCUUUGUGCUUCUAAACUUUGAUGAAGCACGGAGUUUAUUAGUUCAGGUUGCAGCUGCCUUAGCUGUGGCAGAAGCUGCCUAUGAAUUUGAACACCGUGAUCUUCACUGGGGCAAUAUUCUUUUAACUCGCAAGGAUGAUGAAACAGUAGAAUUCACUCUUGAGGGAAGGAGAAUGUCGGCGAGAACAUUUGGAUUGUCGAUAUCAAUUAUUGACUUCACACUUUCACGCAUGAAUAAUGGAGAGGCCGUAUUGUUUCUGGACCUAUCUUCUGAUCCGCUUCUGUUUGAGGGUCCAAAAGGAGAUCAACAAGCAGAAACAUACCGAAAGAUGAAGGAGGUUACACAAGAAUGUUGGGAAGGCAGUUUCCCGAAGACAAAUGUAUUGUGGUUGCAGUAUUUGGUGGACAUUUUGCUGUUGAAGAAAUCAUAUCAACGAUCUUCCAAAGAUGAAAGAGAUCUUCGUUUGCUGAAGAGACGUUUAACCUCGUAUUGUUCAGCGAGAGAAGCCCUAGACGAUGCUUUCUUCAGGGACUUGUUGAUUGAGCACAAGUCCGAUAAGUGAUGAGCGAAGGUCCAAAAAGAGAACGUAGCAACUAAGGUAGGUAUAUAUAUAUAUAUAUUUGGUUUUCUUCAUUUUGAAAGCUUCCCAAUGGGAAGUGAUAUACAAGUCUCGUUUUACUUGGCUUGGAAAGAACCGGUAUGAAAUUGGAAAAGGAAAAUGUAAAAAAGCAGAAACGUUUUGUACAAAGUGAAAUGAAUGGGUCUUCUUUUCUUUGAAUUU